CAGUCAGGGAGCAGAGGGGAGCGGUGCUUUGCUGGGGGAAAUGGAAGGUACAAGCGGCUGUACUGACACACAAGCAGCUGCUGCUAUGGACAGUGACACCCAGCUGAGGGAGAAAGCAGGUACCAGCUGCACUGCUGUAAUGGAGGCCGGCCAUGUGCUUGGGAAGGAGGACGCCAUUUUGGAAGCAGAGACAGGCUUGUGCACAGCAAAGGGGAAACUCCGCCCACCCAGCAAGAACUGCAGAGAGUCUAGCAAAGGCAGUGAGAAAGGAAAGAUUCCAGCAAAGAAUCAGGGAACCCCCCCACAAAUGGCACCGACUGCUGCUGCUUCAGCAGAGGGAGGAAUGGAGGCAAGCAUGGACUGUGGCUACCUGGCAGAGACUGUGGCUUUACAGGUGCUGGAGGAGAAAUCUGCAGCUAAAAUCACGGAGGAGGAGGUAAAGUUGGCGAUAGAGAGUCUGCAGAAUAAGAAAGCUCCAGGUCCGGAUGGCUUAACAUCAGAAUUCUAUAAGACCUUUAAAGAUCGGUUAGCUCCGGCACUUGUUGAGGUGUUUUGUUUACAGGAAAGUGACCUCCCGCCAUCUAUGCAGUUUUCCUCUUUGAUUUUGUCGUCAAAAGGUAAGGACGAGAAGCAUAUUGAGAACUGGAGGCCGAUUGCCCUGCCCAAUACAGAUAGAAAGAUUCUCGCAAAGGUUAUUUUCUUUUGUUUAAGUUUAUUUUCAAGCACUUCAUUGUCUGACUGUCAGGGGCGGUGAAGGGGCGGAGCAUUUUUGGAGCGGUCUUUACCAUUAGAGAGGCUCUGGAAUUAUGCAAACCUCAUAGGUGGGGGAAAUACUGUGUGUUUAGAUCAGUCAAAAGCCUUUGAUAGGGUGAAUCACCAGUACCUAUGGGCUGUUUGGUCUAAAUACGGUAUCCCGGGGCAAUUUAUUUGUUGGAUAAAAGUUUUGUACAAAGGGGCGAGAAGCUUCCCACUAAUUAAUGGUUGGCAGGGUAUACACUUCCAGGUUGGGGCAGGAGUAAGACAGGGGUGCCCUCUGAGUCCUUUGCUGUAUGCAUUUGCGUUAGAUCCAUUUCUUUGAUCGCUGCAGGAAGGUAACUUGGAGGGUAUCUGUGCACCCAGUGGUCAGCGCCUGAGGUUGGUGGCCUAUGCGGAUGAUGUGACAGUGCUUAUCCCAAAGCCUGAAGAGGUGGAGUCUCCUGAUGCAUCAGAAGCUACUCAGAGGCCUCAGGGUCUCUGGUCAAUAGUGAAAAGUCGGAAGCUUUGUGGAGUUUGGAGGAUGAGCCCAGUUUUGAGUUAAGAACCUUCCCUGUUGCCUCCUCUCAAGUAAAAAUAUGAGGGGUUAAAUUUGGGAGGGAAAAUAAUGCCAGGCUAAAUUCGGAAGAGAAGUUGGAUACCGGUUUGGCAAAAGUUCAGCGUUGGAAAGGGUGGAAGCUGACCUAUAGGGAAAGAGUUAACCUUAUCAAGACGUUUCUGAUACCAUUGUUUUUGUAUGUGUCCUGUGUGUUCCCUUUGCCAGAAUCUUUCUAUGCUCGAGUCUAUAACUUAUUCUUCCAGAUGAUCUGGGGGAAUAGGCUAAACCCAGUCAAAAGAGGGGUAACGUUCCUGCAGAGGAAAGAGGGAGGUUUGGGGAUGGUCUGUCCUGUGACCUUCUUUGGUGCCAUGUUCCUAAAGUUUAAAUUUGGGGGUCUGACUCAAGGAACAAGCUCCCUGUGGGAAAGUUGUAUCAGAUCCUGGGCAUCUUCUUUUAUCAUGGACUGGCUGCAGGGCGGUAGGACGAAAGAGGUCCAUGUAAGACAGAGCUAUUUCCCACCACACAUUGCCCAUGCCCUUAAACUGAUAAAGAGGUGGGGCAUUGGGGCAGCAGAAAUUACAUCAAUUCCGAGGAAGCAAAUCUAUGCCAGGGACAUCCUUCUUUACUGUCCCACUGGCUAUAAGGGACUGUACCAGCAAAGCCCUGGAAGAGAUACUAAAUUAUUUAAACAGUGUGAGACUCCCCCCAAAACUGUUUGAUAACUCCUGGCUGACACUGCAGGGCAAGUUGUAUGUGCGGGGCAACAUUAAAUAUCUAAGUCAUGUAAGAAAAGAGUGUCCCUGGGGGUGAGCACUUUUUGGUGGUUUGUUCUGUUUCAUGUAGUUUAUAUGAGGGUGUGCUGAAGGUAUUGGGUAUUUAUAACAUAUGUGCUAAUGACUAUGCAGAAAGAGCCUAUGGGAUCAUUCAUAGGAAGCACUGCUAUAACCAAGAGACUGUAUUUAUUAUACUGUCAGUCAUUCGAUACCAUCUGUGGUCUAUCCGAUGUAUGAAAACUUUUGGGAAAGACAAUGAAUCAAUAGACCAAACAAUAAGGAAAAUCUUAAGGGAAAUUGUGUUUAUUAAAGUGAAUGAGAUUCAGAAAAAAAGCGUGAAUGAAAA